GUUUAGUUUGAAACUGUUCUACACAAACAAGAACCUGCUGCUCGCAAGCCACAGACGCAACUUUAAUCGCUGCUGGCUGGAGCGGGGGUUUGGUACCAACGCUGGCUGUCCACUGCCUUUAACAUUAUAUCUCUCAUGCCCACGUAAUAUUCUCCGCAGCUGUGCGCGACUCGCUUGGACUUAGAGGGUGUUUCCGCCGCCUUGUUUAGGCUCCGAAGCAAGGCGCAUAGAUAUGACUUACUAGAAUGGGCUGUGGGGCCUCAAUAGAUGCUGGCCACACUCGGGCCAGCGCAGAAGCGACCAAGCCGAACCAGCAGCAGCGAUCUCUCGACCCACCGAGUAACGAUGGAGAACUAGUGGCCGCGGCUCUGGGCCGCCUCAGGGAAUGUCACUUGUUGCAGCUGCAAGACACCGCUGACAUUUUGGACAAGAUUGUGGUUGUCAGUCGCGGGGCCAAGGUAAACAAGCAUAACUGCAGCAGCUUGUGCACGCUGAGCGUGCUUUCAGGCGUAGCGUUGUGCCGUGUGCUGGACUCGGUCGCAUCCAGCAGCGAGGCGCUGCAGGAACUGCAGCCACGCUUUGAGGCCAUCAACAAGGCCUUGGAGGGCGUGCUUAAAGUCCUGGAGCAGUACAGCAGCAGCAAAUGGCUGGCGCACGUGGCGCUUCAGCAAGCCAAGGUAGCCAAGCAAGCAGGUACUGGCCGAAGCCGCCCGGGGCCUUUCACCCAGGAGUUCAAGGCUGCACGAGAUACGCUAAGCAAGGCCCUGGAAGCGGUAGCCGUGGAAUCGACAUGUCUGGCCGCCAUGGACCUGAUCAAGACUCGGCUGAGCCACCACCUGCAGGGCGAGGACCUGCGCACCGACAUGGAGGACUGCGUGGCGGCAGUGGUCAUGGCCGCAGGCGGCGAGACCCUGAGCCAGGCGCUGCAGCGCAUGCGUGAGGAGGGUGAGGCGGGUGCGGCGCUGCUGGCAGAGGCGGCCCGCGUCUUCAAUGUUGCCCCUGGCCUGCUGGCCGCGUCGCUGAACUCGCUGGCGGCGGAGGUGCUUGCGCCCGCUGCUGCGGAGCUGGCGGGUGCAUUAGAGGGCGCUUUGGACGUGUUUGACAGCCUGCUGGAGGGGCUGGACACCCUGCCCAUGGGCGUGGGUGCCGCGUUGAAGCUGGUCAAGGUGGUGCUGCGCCGGGCUCAGGGCGUGCAGGUCAACAAACGUGCGUGCACGCAGCUCAAGUCGCUGGUGGAGGGGGUGGGCGACACGCUGGCGCGCUACGUGCAGCGCGCGAGCGAGCAGCAGCGGAGGGACCUGGAGGGCCCGCUUGCUGGGCUGACUGCGCACCUCAGGGAGGCAGACAGCCUGCUGGAGCGCUUCGGGGCGGGGUCGUGGCUGCGGCACUUCCUUUAUUCCCGCCUGGCCACCGAGGAGCUUGCGGAGGUGCAUGCCAAGAUUUAUGGCGGCAUGGCCCAUCUGAAUCUGGACAUCGCGCUGCAGCAACACUGCAGCGGUGGCGGCUGCAAGGUGCAGCCUGCGGCGGCCGCAGCCUACGAGGCCCAGGACGACCUGCGGGCAGCGGAAGCGGCCGUCAUUGAUGCAGCAGGCGGGGAGGCCAAUGGUGUGACAAGCGCUGUGGAGGCGGUCAAGGUGCUGCAGGGCCGUGGGCAGCUGGGCGUCGCGGAGGUGGCUCGCUGCUUCGGUGUGGCCGAGGCGGUGAUGUGCGCGGAGCUGGAGGGCAUCAAGGACAUGCUGCAGGACGUGGCGCGUGUGGUCCAGGGCACGGACGCCAAGGUCGAUCGGCUCCAGGUCACACUGGAGCAGAUCCAGGCCGAGAACGAGAACUUCCAAGUGCCCACCAAUCUGGCCAUCUUCCUGCGCCAGUUCUGGAAGGAGAACGUGGGCCUACUCAAGUCGGUGCAGUGGCAUGAGCUCAAGGUCUUGUUGAGGGCAAUGUUUGAUGAAGACGUACAGUUUUGUGGCGACAUGUUGCGGGGCCUGCUGGCGCAGCUGGGCACGCCUCCCGUUGCAGGAGCUGCGUCAACCGCGGUCAGUGUUUCAGGCAGUGCGGCUGCUGCUGCCACGGCUGCUGCCGCAUCAGAUGCUGUGGACCCCGGCGAUGUGUUCCUGGACGUGGCCCUGCUGCCGCUUCUGGACGUCAAUCACGACAUGGUCAUUACGCUGCAGGAGCUGUAUGUCUUCCAGGUGCAAUGUCAAAUGAUGGCCAAGCGCAGGCAGCCACCUCCCCCGCUGGAGACUAUGGGUGGUAUGAUGCGGGUGGUGGCGGAGGCGAAGCAACCUGCUUUGCCUUCGCCGCCGUCACAGCCAGCAGCGAGAGGUGGCCAGCAGCAACAGCAGCAGCAGCCGGGCGCGCCGCCGCCACAUGCUGCAACGGCCUGCGACGAUGCUGGCGGUGGAGCAGCAGCCGCAGCAAGCGACCAGCAGCUGCAGGUGCCUGCACUGACAGAGGAGCAGCUGGCCUCGCUGUCCCCAAGCACGGCCGCUGUCGUGAAGGAGGGUAUGUCCAUGAUGAAGUCAUACGCCCUGGCAGACCUGCUGCAAGACUACCUGGACGGCAGCAGGCAGUGGAUGUACGACAAGGUGAUGGCCUGGCUGCGGGCACAGCAGCAGCAGCAGCAGCUUGAGGCGGCGGCGGCGGGGCAGCUCCAGGCGGCGGCGGCGGCGGCGGCAGGGCAGCCCGCCGCCAGCACCCCUGCCGGCUCCCAGGGGCAGCACCAGCACGUGUUCCUGCUGUUGGCAGAGGCGGGCAUGGGCAAGAGCGUGUUCACCGCGUCGCUGGUGCACUUCAAGCUGCCACUGCUCCAGGACUGCAUCGUGGCGCACCACUUCUUCCGGGUGGGCCAGCGCCGUGCACAGGGCCGGGCCAUGAUCAUCAGCCUGGCGGCUCAGCUGGCUGUGUCGCUGCCCGGAAUGAGCGCUGCACUGCAAGCCAGCCUGGAGGAGCAGCAGGCAGCAGCCGCAAAUGAGGGCGGCACGCCACUGCUGCAGGGCGACUGGCUGACGCGGCUGCCACUGUCCCAGGCGUUUGAGUGGCUGCUGGAGGCGCCUCUUAACCGUGUCCACCAGCAGCGGCUUCUGCAGGAGCAGGAGGCGGGCGGGGCCGCACCCUCCUCGUUGCAGCCCACAACAGUGCUGCUGGUGCUUGAUGCGCUGGACGAGGCGGACAGUGAUGGGGCGGGAUGGACGCCCGUGGUGCAGAUGCUGGCGGCCAGGUUCCGGCAGCUGCCUGCAUGGGUACACCUGUUCAGCACGGGCCGGCCCGAGGUGCAGGAGCUGUUCGAUGAGGGUUGGCGCCAGGAGUGGAUCAACCCCCAGGACAUGCAGAACAGUAACGACCUGCAGGUGCUGCUUGAGCGCAGCCUUGCGUUGGAGCGCUAUGUGGCGGAGGCCGACCGCGCAGCAGCCACACAGGUGCUGCUGCGCAAGAGUGAGGGCCGGUUCAUUUACUGCAAGUACAUCUUCAAGUCUCUUCAGGCACGCCUGCUGGAUGGUGCGGCGGCAGCGGCUGCUGCUGUGUGGACGCUGCCUGAGCUGGAGGAACUCCCUUAUGGCCUCACCGGCGUGUACACGCACGAGCUGGACCGCGUGGCGGGCGCCCUUCAGCGCGAUGGCAAGGCUGGGCUGCUGGACCUGCUGCGUGCCAGGUUGCUGCCUGUGCUGGCGGUGAUGCAGGAGCCGCUCACCACAACGGAGCUGGUGCUGCUCAUGGGAGGCCAGCAGGGAGUGGGUGAGGGCAGCAGCAGCAGCAGCAGCAACAUGGAAUCGGACGUGGAGCUGCUGCUGUCGCUCAUUUCCACUCUAUAUCCACGUCGCACGGGUGCAGCAGACGGCCUUGCACGCGUGGCCCCUUACCACAAAUCUGUGAGGGACUUCCUCAUGGAGCACCGGGCAGCCGCUGUGCAGCCCUGGCACGUGGACGAGGCAGCUGCUCAUGCCUUGGUGGCGCAGGCCCUGGCAUGGGCUUGCCAGGCCACACGGGGCAGGGGGGCUCGGGACCAGCUGUGUCAAGCUGCGAAGUCCGGCACCAGCAGCAGCAGCCUCAGCAUUGGCCAGCUGCCGCCACCACUACUGGCUGACAACACGCAGCCAGCUCCGCCGCCCUACGCCCUGCAGCACAUGUUCAACCAUGUGGUCAAGGGCCUGGCUGCUGGCAGUGCUGGCUUGAUGGACGACGUGAUGCAAGACUACGCCCUCAUCGCCGCAAUUUUCAAUUGCGGGGCUGGUCGGAAUGCAGUCAGAGCGUUGCGGCCAGUCAAGAGCAGCCCACACCUCAGUCCGUUUGGAAAGGACAGCGUGCGGUGGAUGAUGCAAUGUGCCGGGGCCCUGAGCGGCGAGGACAACGCCUUGCCUAUCAUGGAAGCUCUCAAGGCUCCUACGGGGACUGCAGUGUUCCAGGAGGCCCGUGCCUGGUUCGUGCAGCAGUUCAGCGAUGUGUGCCCCUGGGUGCCCAGCAUCAGCCUUGGUAGCCUUGGAGGAUCACCGCAGUGGAAUGCUGCAUGUGACUUUGUCUGUGUGGGCCACAAGAACGCAGUCACCAGCGUGUGCUUCAGCCCUGACGGCCGCAGCCUUGUCAGCGGCAGUGAAGACAAGACGCUGCGCGUGUGGGAUGCAGCCAGCGGGGAGUGCAAGGCCACGCUCAGCGGACACAGCAGCGCGGUGACCAGCGUGUGCUUCAGCCCUGACGGCCGCAGCCUUGUCAGCGGCAGUGAAGACAAGACGCUGCGCGUGUGGGACCCUGCCAGCGGGGAGUGCAAGGCCAUGCUCAGCGGACACAGCAGCGCGGUUAUCAGCGUGUGCUUCAGCCCUGACGGCCGCAGCCUUGUCAGCGGCAGUGACGACAAGACGCUGCGCGUGUGGGACGCCGCCAGCGGGGAGUGCAAGGCCACGCUCAGCGGACACAGCAGCGCGGUUAUCAGCGUGUGCUUCAGCCCUGACGGCCGCAGCCUUGUCAGCGGCAGUGACGACAGUACGCUAUACGUGUGGGACGCCGCCAGCGGUAAAUGCAAGGCCAAGCUCGGCGGACACAGCGGAAACGUUGUCAGCAUGUGCUUCAGCCCUGACGGCCGCAGCGUUGUCAGCGGCAGUUAUGACGGCAGUUUCAGCGUGAGGGAUGCCGCCAGCGGGGAGUGCAAGGCCACGCUCUGGAUGGAUCACCGCCGGGACAGGAUCAACGUCGUCUCCAGUGUGUGCUUCAGCCCUGACGGCCGCAGCGUUGUCAGCGGCAUUCAAGACAAGAUGCUGCGCGUGUGGGACGCCGCCAGCGGGGAGUGCAAGGCCACGCUCAGCGGACACCGCAGCGCGGUCACCAGCGUGUGCUUCAGCCCUGACGGCCGCAGCCUUGUCAGCGGCAGUGAAGACAAGACGCUGCACGUGUGGGACCCCGCCAGCGGGGAGUACAUGGCCAAUACCAAGUUCUGGGGACGCAGCAGAGCGGUCUCCAGUGUGUGCUUCAGCCCUGACGGCCGCAGCCUUGUCAGCGGCAGCCAUGAGGAGACGACGCUGCGCGUGUGGGACGCCGCCAGCGGGGAGAGCAAGGCCAAGCUCUACAUCAGGAAAAACAGCAUAAACAGCAGCGAGGUCUCCAGCGUGUGCUUCAGCCCUGACGGCCGCAGCGUUGUCAGCGGCAGCUUGGACAGUACGCUGCGCGUGUGGAGCGCAGUCUUCUGGGACGGCAAGCCCCCGCUCAUCAUCAGCGGACACAGCAGCGCGGUCACCAGCGUGUGCUUCAGCCCUGACGGCCGCAGCCUUGUCAGCGGCAGUGAAGACAAGACGCUGCGCGUGUGGGACCCUGCCAGCGGGGAGUGCAAGGCCACGCUCAGCGGACACAGCAGCGCGGUGACCAGCGUGUGCUUCAGCCCUGACGGCCGCAGCCUUGUCAGCGGCAGUGAAGACAAGACGCUGCGCGUGUGGGACCCUGCCAGCGGGGACUGCAAGGCCACGCUCAGCGGACACAGCAGCGCGGUGACCAGCGUGUGCUUCAGCCCUGACGGCCGCAGCCUUGUCAGCGGCAGUGACGACAAGACGCUGCGCGUGUGGGACGCCGCCAGCGGGGACUGCAAGGCCACGCUCAGCGGACACAGCAGCGCGGUUACCAGCGUGUGCUUCAGCCCUGACGGCCGCAGCCUUGUCAGCGGCAGCUUUGACUGUACGCUGCGCGUGUGGGACGUCGCCAGCAGGGAGUGCAAGGCCAAGCUCAGCGGACACAGCAGCGCGGUUACCAGCGUGUGCUUCAGCCCUGACGGCUGCAGCCUUGUCAGCGGCAGCCAUGAUGAGACCCUGCGCAUGUGGCAUGCGCGUUUUAUGCUGCCAGUUAGUACAAGGCUACACUCAGUAUGCUAACACAGCAGUGUUUGGAGCACGCCAUACAUAUAGCUUUAUGUUUCCCUUGCAUUGGGGCUAUGACCCACCAGAACCAUUCGUUGCUGUGUGUAGCAGUGGAAGCGUCAGCUGAUGGCUGUGGAGGGUGCCGUUACUGCUAUAUGGGUAAGCACACUGUGAAUGUGCAGUAAUGCUGCAUUUUGGGGCGUCCACCGGUGCGUACCCCUUAGCAUCUUGUAUCAAAGCAUAGAUUAAGAGAUAAUUGCCCCUCAACAAGGCAGUAGUGUAGGUUACCGGGAGCGAGCCCAAGCAACUAGAAAACUGCGCCAGGGUCGCCCACCGGUUGGCCCUUUUGGUGCCAACGUGCGAGGACGAUGUUCUUGAGGCUGGCGACAGCACGAUCAGGCAGGGAGUCGCGGCACUCUCGUGCCUGCAGGUGGUGGGACACAUCUAUCUAGCAUGGUAAGGAGGGGGAGAAGUUCGCAGUGCUUGCCACUGUGCCACUGUGAUUAGUGUCAGCGGUCUAUCCUGGAUGUCUGGUCUGUAUUUAAGGUGCUGGGAACUUGGUGAUGUUGGCACAGUACGUAAUCAACAUCGGGUGUGGACUGUGUGGUUCCGAUGUGAUGGUGUCGGGGUCAGGGGGGAUUGCGGGGAUCAGGAGGACAUACAUACGGCCGUAGGUUUCUGCGGAGGCUGUCUGCGAACUUGGGAAGGAGCCAUUUUGGUGGGCGCGAGCUGCAUGCUGCAUACAUAUUCUGGAAGGAACCACGCCCACACGGAACCCAACCAGGCACACACACACAGGGGACCCCCCAGCACCAACACCACCAUACAUACACAUUGUGACCCACAAUGUACGGGCCUGUCCCCGGGGACUGCUCUCAGAAAUUU